AUAGGAUUAGAUUUGCUGUUUGAUUCAGUUUAAAAUUGUAUUUGUUUCACCGCUAAUUAAUUUCUUAAAAAGUAUUUAAAUUUUCCACCAUAUAAAAAAUGCAAAAAAAUAGAGUCACCAGACCAAAAAUAAAAUAAAAAAUUUAGCCUCAAAAGACAGAUAGAAAAAAAAUUAAUUUCAUCUUCUAAAACCCUAAACCUCUCUGCAUCACCGUCAAACGCCAGGCACUCUACACUCAACACUAACAGUAGCAAGACUUUGAAGAGCAAGAUGGCAAAGCCGAAUCCCAAGGUUUUUUUUGACAUUCUGAUUGGGACUAGGAAGGCUGGUCGAGUUGUUAUGGAGCUCUUUGCUGAUGUUACCCCCAAAACGGCUGACAACUUCCGUGCUCUGUGCACUGGGGAGAAAGGAAUUGGAAAAGCUGGGAAGCCACUCCAUUAUAAGGGCUCGGCAUUUCACCGAAUCAUCCCAGAUUUUAUGUGCCAGGGUGGGGAUUUCACCCGGGGAAAUGGAACUGGAGGAGAAUCAAUUUAUGGUUUGAAGUUUGCGGAUGAGAACUUCAAGUUGAAGCAUACAGGACCCGGUAUUCUCUCUAUGGCAAAUGCUGGACCAAAUAGUAAUGGCUCGCAGUUCUUUAUUUGCACUGCAAAGGCAUCAUGGCUAGAUGGAAAGCACGUGGUAUUUGGUAAAGUUGUCGAAGGUUAUAAUGUGGUUACUGAUAUGGAGAAACAGGGCAGUGACAAUGGAAAAACUAAAUGUCCGGUGGUCAUAGAAGACUGUGGACAGCUACCUGAUAAUUGAUUAGAAAGCAUCAAAACUGCUUUAGAAAGUAAGUGCCCUUCGCAUUAUUCUGAGUAGUGAUGUUUGAAUCCUGAUUAGUCUUCAUGUAUCUUAUAAUAGGUCGUCCAAGAAACAAGAAAUUUGGUGCUGGAUAAAUACAUGUACUUCCAUUAGAGUGCUAGCUUUUAAUGGCCUUAUUUCAGGCGUUGGGUUAGAUAUUGGUAAUUGCCAUGUUCCAUUUGUUUCAAGUUUUAAUUUCUCGUUUCCUGAGUAUUUGAUGCAAUGGGAAUAGGAGAUCUUUGGUCUGUUUUUC